CGGCCCGCCAACGUCAAAGCCGUCAAGCUUGUUCACAGAUCGUACCACAAUUGCGAUCCACGAUACAAUACGAACAUAGCCUCAAAUACCUGGGCAUGCGGCUGAGCUGAGGAGCUCACACGGUCGAUCGCGCCGUCAAGCUUGCCUGCUUCCUUGCCCUUCCGCCAUAAUCUAUCUACAUUUCUUAGCGCAAUGGCAGCGCAGUCAGCUCCUCGGGUGCGACGCACCGCCCAAAAUACGCAGUACACAUACAACCUCAACCGUCGGGCGCAUGACGUCAAGACAUACCCUGUCCUCUCCCCCCAGGGAGCAACAAUCCUCCUCUAUGGCCAUGAAAAUGGUCUCUCGAUAGUCUGGCGUGGAGGGAGGCGACUCAAAGCGGCGAAGAAAGACUCGGUCGAGAAAAAAGACAACCGAAAUGGCGGUGCCUCGGCCGACGACUCGGUUAUGAUCAUAGAUCUCAGCGACGACGAUACUCCCGCCCCGGCGAAGCCUUUUGAGGACAGGCCGGAGUUUGAGGAUGCCGACCCUACCGAAAUAUCCCCUUCUGUCGACACCGUGCAGACCCUUGAUUUGGCCUUUGGCUCUGCCGUGCGUCACAUUGCCGUGCUGCCGACGCCUCAUUGCACCGCGGAGGAUGCCUCAUGGAGCGGAGUAGAGCUUCUCAAGCACAAGAUGGUCUUUGCAGUUACAUGUCUUACCGCGGAGGUGUUUGUCGUUACGAUUCCUCUGACGCCACCUUCACAUGAGAGCAAAGCUCGCCCAGAGCUCAAGCGGGAUCUCAUGUCGGGUGUCGCCGGUCGGGGUUUCUGGGGGGAGACAAUAUCGUCGCUUGGUGGCCAGGCACAAUACAGCGAUGCUUUGGCUAUCACUCUGGCAAAAGAACAAAAUCCAUCAGUGGCGGGGAGAAGCAAGACCACUGGAAGCUCUUCAAAUUCAACAGCGCGCGUCAUUGUCGCAGCUCACUCCAGACAGGCAACUGGAGUAUUAAGGCUAUGGGACGUGACGGUGGGCCACAAACGAGGAGGUCCUGAGAGACCAGCAGAGCCAUUUCAGACCGACUUUUUACCCAGCCCGCUCACUGGGAUUGCCUUCAACCCAACGCACACAACGCAACUGCUGACCGUGGCUUCACCACAAGCCGUGCGCAUCUAUGACUACGCAGUUCCGUCAAUACCCAUGGACGAGGCCGAGGGACCACUGCCUGCACAAGGAUCUUGGCUUCUUUCGCUUUAUCCCCCUUUCAUCCGUGGUACUGGCCUUUCUACUGCCAGGAAACCGAUUGUUGCCGCAAGUUGGAUUGCUCACGGAAGGGCUGUUCUUGCUCUCCUCGCGGAUGGCCAGUGGGGUAUCUGGGAUAUCGACGGAACGGGACCUUCAGGUUCAUCUUCCGGUGGACUCUUUGGAAAAGCAUCUGCUGCUAUCAGAGGCACAGCAACGACCACUUUCAGUGCAUCUGGUUAUCUUGAGGGAACUAGCCCACUGCGGAAUCCCGGCGCGCAAAAAUCUAGUGGCGACCUUGUUCCCAUGACACCACACACUAGGCGCGAGGUCCUCAUGACUACGCUUGGUGGUGGUCCUGAGAAGCUUGCUGCGGUUCAUGGCGGUGUGGAUGUGAUACAGCUUCCAGGACGCGCCACAUCGGGCACCGGCGACGAAAGCGCAGUCCUUUGGAUUGGUGGUGCUGACCAUGUUGUCGUUGUAAUUCCGUUUGUGAGCAAGUUUUGGGACGCGCAAACUCGUCGUAACGCUGGCGGCGGCGGUAACAUUUUUAGCGGCGGAGCUCACAAGAGCCGCAUGGUACGUUUGAUGGACCUCAACGCCGGUCUUCUUGGGGAGCGUUGCUGCGGUGUGGCCACAAUACCUCGACCACAACAACAGCAACGGCAGCCUGGAGAUGGUGAAGGCAUCAACGGACAGUCGCACGACACCAAGUUCGCCUUGCCAGUCGAGGUAUUGAUACGCGGAGAGAGCAGGCUCGUCAUUGUUCGCGAGGGUGACGGCAAUGUUUCUGAGUCCUUCAACUCGAAGCUUCUCGGCGCUCGGAAAAGAAUCCUUGGCCCUGCCCAAGAGGUGGCACCACCGGCCGCAAUCGUGGCGCAUCCCAAACCCGGAGCUCCGGCGCCACCCAGUGCUGCUGCACUCGCACAGAGUAUUCGCGGCCAUAGCACUAGGGGACGAGGCAGCCUGUUUGGCAAGCGCCCGCCGAUCGGUGACGAAGAAACUGGUGCGGCUUCAACGAGGUCCCCGCAAAAGAAGUCGGGCAUCCCUGCGUUUGCGGCCGGUCUUUUCGACUAUGACGAGCCGACUUUCACGCAGAGCAUGAUGGCAUCCCGCGGCCCCUCCCGCGAUGCUGGCCUAGGAUUCGUGGACCAGCUCGAGGACGCUGCUGAUGCGCUUGAUGACCAAGAGGCAGCGGCUGAUCGAGACGUCGAGGAAGAGAUCCUAGACAUCAUGGAGAUUGAUCGCGCGUUGGAUGAUAUGGAAGAUAGGAGCAACUUUGGAACUGCAGCCAAGACACAAAACGUGUUUUUCGAGAACAGCUAGGACCUGGACCUGAUCGAUUUGCGCUGAGUGCAUUGUACUUGGUCUGUGGUGAGAAGCUUUUAUAAUUGAGGAAAACAAUGUCGGAUUAGAAGAUGGUGAAAUGAAUCAUCGUCCA